GUUGUGUCUCUGUUUUUAUUAUGAACGUCUUUACUUUUAUUAUUUUUUAUCACUGCGUUGGACAUUAACCCUAAUGAUAACGACCUUUAUAACUGAAAGAGUAAAGACUCCUUCAAUGUAAAUUCAAAUACUUAUAACAUCUACUAACAAUGAUUUUAUCGUCCAAUUUAACGUCUAAAAUUGCUAUGCCAAAAUUAUAUACACAAUUUACAAGUGCAAAUAACUUUCAUAGUUGUAGGCUUAAAGGUAAAGUAGCUGUAAUUACAGCGUCUACUGAAGGUAUCGGUUACGCUAUAGCUAAGCGGUUGGGCGAUGAAGGAGCAUCGGUAGUAAUAAGCAGUAGAAAAGAAGAUAAUGUGAAACAAGCCACAGAUAGUUUACGUAAAGAUGGUAUAAAUGCUGAAGGUCUAGUUUGUCAUGUAGGCAAUGCAGAACAUAGACAAAAACUAUUUGAUUUUGCGAAAACAAAAUAUGGAGGUAUUGAUAUUCUUGUGUCCAACGCAGCUGUAAAUCCCGCCGUGUCACCAAUACUUGAGACCGAUGAAAAAGUUUGGGACAAAAUUUUUGAAGUAAAUGUAAAAUGUUCGUGGUUAUUAGCCAAAGAAGUUUAUCCAGAGUUAAUCAAAAGAGGAGGUGGAAACAUCGUAUUCAUAUCAUCUAUUGCUGGUUACCAGCCUAUGGAACCGUUGGGACCUUAUAGCGUCAGUAAAACAACUCUCCUGGGAUUGACAAAGGCCAUCGCAAGUGAAGUGGUUCAUGACAAUAUUAGAGUCAACUGUGUAGCUCCUGGAAUAGUUGCGACAAAGUUUGCUUCUGCGAUAACUUCUUCAGAGGCGGGAAAAGAUAAGAGUCUGUCAAUAGUGCCCAUGAACAGAUUUGGAAAACCUUCAGAAAUAGCUGGAGCUGUUGCUUUUCUGGUAUCAGACGACGCAAGUUACAUGACUGGAGAAACAUUGAUCGUAGCUGGGGGCACUUAUGCGCAUCUUUGAGACCAUAUGCGUCAUAUUAUAAAUUUGUCAUUUUUUAAUAAUAUUAUGGUACUUUUACCAUACUAGAGAAAGAUAAUGUUUAAGAUUUAUUUCUUGUUAUGGUUGAUGGGGUGUUUAUCUAUAAUUUAAAUAUUUUUAUUUUAAAUAAAAGCAAUAUUUUUAAUUGACUCUUAAAUCAUUGAUUUUCAAAUUAAAAGAGUUUUAGAAAUUGUC